GGGGGCGGGUCUCACCGAGUGGGUCUGGGCUGGGAUUCCCUUCGGGCGCGCUCUCUGCGGCUCCGGAGGACUCCCUCCCUGGGACCCUUCAUGCGCCCCGGAGGCUGACUGGGCGGCCGAGGCGCGGUAAACAAGUUCUGAGCUAACGCUUCGACCGUGGCCAGAGCCGCUGCCUGGGAGCACACUUUGCUCACCCCCAGGAGCCCUUGGCUGGGGUCCGAGAGCUGCCUAGCUAAGGGGACAUAGCUUGAAUCCCCAGCGCGCGCCUAGGCUCUAGCUACAUGACUGAGGGGAUGGGACCCACUUUAAAGGUUUAAGAAUUCUGCGAGUAAAGGACAACUUUUCCCAAAUUCGGACUCUGUGGUUCUUUCAGCUUCAAUGGAUCUGGUUAGGCAACCCUAUGGGGAACAUAAUACUCUCCCCCUUCCUUAUGCAGCCUGAGAGGCUAUGACCCAGGAUUCACAAGAAGAGAGACAGCCCUACCAUCGAAGGGGGAAGAGAACUAAGAAGGACUCUCAGGCUGCUGCCAGAACUGCCACAACCAUGUAUACCUUCAUCCCUGACAACUUUUCCCCAGCCAAAGCCAAGCCACCCAAGGAGCUAAAACCUAUGCUGGGAUCUGUAUUGCUGGGGCUCCUACUGGUCUUAGCAGCUGUGGUUGCUUGGUGCUAUUAUAGCAUAUCUCUCCGUAAGGCAGAGCGCCUUGGGGCUGAGCUCUUGGAACUCCGAGCAAGCGGCUUCUCCAUUCGAAACCAACAAGGAGAGCAAGUCUUCCGCCUGGCCUUCAGCUCCGGGGCCUUGGAUUUGGAGUCUUGUGCACGAGAAGGAGCCAUUUUGAGUUGUUCUCGCUCCACAGGAGGCCCCCUCAAUUUCUUCAUCCAGACAGUGCGCCCCAAGGACACUGUCAUGUGCUAUCGUGUGCGCUGGGAGGAGCUGACUCCAGUCCCUUCCGUAGAGCACACCAUGUUCUUGGGCGACGUGCACUGGUAUGGGGGUGCCGAGAUGCGCACCCAGCACUGGCCCAUCCAACUGGCUGGCCUCCAGGCACCCCAGCCCUUCGUCACCAGCGACGUGUACUCCUCACGGGCCGCCUUUGGGGGAAUUCUGGAGCGUUACUGGCUGUCAUCCAAAGCAGUGGCCAUCAAGGUCAAUGACUCGGUGCCCUUCCACCUGGGUUGGAAUGCGACUGGGCGCUCUCUCCUGCUGCAAGCCCGCUACCACGACACUCCGUACAAGCCGCCUGCGGGCCGCGGGCCCCUGCCUGAACUCAGUUACCGCGUCUGCGUGGGUUCUGACGUGACAUCGAUCCAUAAGUACAUGGUGAGGCGCUACUUCAAUAAGCCAUCCAAGGUGCCAGCCCGAGAAGCCUUUCGGGACCCAAUCUGGUCCACGUGGGCCCUCUACGGCAGAGCAGUGGACCAGGAUAAGGUGCUGCGCUUUGCCGAGAAGAUCCGCAAAUACCGCUUUAACUGCAGCUACUUGGAGAUCGAUGACAUGUACAUGCCCGCCUAUGGAGACUUCACCUUUGAUGAAGCCAAGUUCCCUAAUGCCACCGAGAUGUUUAGGAAGCUGCAGGAGGCUGGUUUGCGGGUCACCCUGUGGGUGCACCCCUUUGUCAACUACAACUCAUCCAGCUUUGGUGAAGGCGUGGAGCGGGGGCUUUUUGUCAGGGAGCCCACAGGCCGGCUGCCAGCCCUGGUGCGCUGGUGGAACGGCAUCGGGGCCGUCUUGGAUUUCACCCACCCGGCGGCCCGGGAAUGGUUCCAGGGUCACCUGCGGCGACUUCGCACCCAGUACUCGAUCUCCUCCUUCAAGUUUGAUGCCGGGGAAGUGAGCUACCUGCCCCGGGAUUUUAGCACCUUCCGCCCGCUGGCUGAUCCUAACCUCUGGAGCCGGCGCUACACAGAGAUGGCUCUGCCUUUCUUCUCACUGGCUGAAGUACGAGUGGGCUACCAGUCGCAGAACAUCUCCUGUUUCUUCCGUCUUAUCGACCGUGACUCGGUGUGGGGCCAUGAGCUAGGUCUGCGCUCCUUGAUCCCAGCAGUGCUCACCAUCAGCAUGCUGGGUUACCCCUUUAUUCUGCCUGACCUGAUAGGUGGCAAUGCUGUCCCCGGGCACACAGCAGGCAUGGGUGUGGGGGACACUGGAAUACCGGAUCGUGAGCUCUAUGUGCGUUGGCUGGAGGUGGCAGCCUUCAUGCCAGCCAUGCAGUUCUCUAUCCCUCCCUGGCUUUACGACCAGGAGGUGGUGGAGAUUGCCCGCAAGUUUGCAGCCCUGAGGGCAGAGCUGGUGGCCCCCCUGCUCCUGGAGCUUGCUGGAGAGGUGACCGACACAGGUGAUCCCAUUGUUCGACCUCUCUGGUGGAUUGCCCCUGGAGAUGAAGCAGCCCAUCGAGUGGACUCUCAGUUCCUUAUUGGCGACACGCUGCUUGUGGCCCCUGUGCUGGAGCCCGGAAAGCAGGAGCGUGAUGUGUACCUGCCUGCAGGCAAGUGGCGCAGCUAUAAGGGAGAACUCUUUGUCAAGGCGCCCAUCCUGCUCACUGACUACCCUGUGGAUCUUGACGAAGUUGCCUAUUUUACCUGGGUGUCCUGAUCUCCUUAUCCUGGAAACCUCUUCACUCAAAGGCCCCACCUCAAAAUCUCAUUUCCUCCUUCUCUGCCCUAGAGAGCUCAUGGGGGGGGGGGGGGGGGGCAUUGUGGCUCUAACCCCAGACACAUUAGUACCACCCCCUCUCCAAAGGCUGCCCCUUACCCCAUUCUCAAACCUAAACCUUAAUCUUGACCUGGAGAAUCUCCCCUCUAAAGGAUUUCAACCUUCUCCUCCCUCACAAGCCUUUAAUCUUGCCCCAGGCCUCAAAUCCUUCUUCCCCAAUUAUACCUCCCUUAGGGCCAUUAACUUUCUCCAUCCUUCUAGCUCCCUCCCCAAAAGACUUGGACUAGGGCUUUUGGUACUAAUCCAGCACCAAUUUCCUCUCCCUCCCCAAUAAGGUUUGGCCGAAAGCUUUUAACACACACUCGAGAUCAAAUAUCAAAGAUGCCAGGGCCAUCCACUGCAUCUCGGGCCAUUGCCAGUCUUUCUGACUUUUGUCUUACCGCUGGACUUCAAUGACUGGAAGAGAGGCUGAUGACUUCAUGCAACUGCCUCACUUAAAUCCAAGUCACUUGAAAUCAAGACACCACUCCGGGAUGUCACUGGUCCUCUUUGAAAACAAAGGAUAAACUCUAACAGCACACAUAUCGACCUUUGUUUCUCAGGGGCUGGUAGGGGUGAGAGAAGGAGAUUAUCAGUGAUAGUUCCACUCUCUGGCCUCCCUGACUUUCCUCCUACAGCUACAGUCUGCAUUCUCAUAGCCCAUUCCAGGGUCCUGCUCCCAAUAUCCAGUGUUCCAUCUCCUAAGAACCUAACUCCCAUUGCAUCCUCAGAUUUGUAGUCUCCUUGGGUAGAGAGGCAAGAAUAAACCCAUGGAAUUACCACAGAAUAUUACACAAAUUACCAUUAGGAUAUUAGAACUGCAAGGAACCUUAGUGGCCUUCUAGUUUGAGAGAUUUUUUUUAAUUAGGAAAGUAGAGGAGGGAGAGCAGGUAAGAUCAGAAGCUUCAAGUUAGGAUUGGAAAUAAAACCCCAUUUCUAACUGCUAGGGGGAUAUGGCUUUUGUGAUCCUUGCCAUUCUUUUAGUCUAUUCUCAAACUUCUCCUUCCAUCUCCCCACCUUCACCUUUUUCUAUUGAGCCACACUGCUUUUCUAGGAGGACUUAAAAUUCCUCCUAAACCUCAUGCUUGUGGCCUCAAGAUCAGAUGGCAGGAGCUUGAGGGGGUCAGUGGUCAUCUCCUCUCCACCCCUUGACUUAGCUCCUCUUUGCACAUGGUUGAUCAUUAAAAGCACAAAGAUGAGAUAGAUCUGCCUAGAUUGAGGGUAGGAUGUCUCCUUCCUUCUCCAACUUCUAUUUAACUUCUCCCCCCCACACCUUGUUUCUCAUUUGGGAAUUUCCUUCUCAGAGAUGACUCAGGAGGGGAAAUGGAAUUGAACUAGCAGUCUAGGAAGCAGUGUGUUCUGUUCCCUUUUUCAUGAACUGACUCCAGCUGCCCCCUACUUCCAAUUCUGGCAGUAUUUCUCAUCUCUUCCUCCCUUGAUACAAGUCCCUCUCUCCAUAAACUACCACAGAAUAUUAGAACUGGAAAGAACCUUAGUGGUCAUCUAGUUUGAGAGCAUAAAAAAUAGAGGAGGGGGAGCAGGUAUGAUGGGAAGAUUGAAAUCAGGGUAGGGCGUAGAAUUAUUUCUAACUCCCAGGAAGAUAUGGGUUUUGUGGUCCCAUCUUCUCCUUGAGUCCAUCUUCAUACUCUUCUCCUUCCAUAAGACAGAACGUGGGAUUACAAUGCCCAACCCUGUGACACUUUCCUAACUGUGGCCUUGAACCUCUUGUCCAUCAGAGCUGACCUCUAGGUUUGAUCAUGAUUCUCACUGAUGCUCCUCUGAGAAUUAAACCUUAGUAAGGUUAAAAGAAUGGGAAAUCUCUGAAACUAUCAUGUCAGUCUUCUGGGUUCUCUUGCCUGAAAAGACAAACUGAGAUUCCUUCUCUUAGAGAUUGGGGGGGGGGGGGCAAAGAUGGGAAAUUAAGCUCCAAAUGUGCAGUCUGUCCCAGCGCUCUAGCCUUAUUCCUCCUUUCUUUCUCCUUUCCUGACCUCAGUUUAGGAAGAAGAAGGGGUGACUAGACACAGACAAUCAGGAGCCCAGAGGUCUCCUUAGGCCACACUAACUGCAUUUGGAGUCAUGGAGGUUCUAGCUCCCAAAUGAUGACUCACUGUACUCUAGAAGCUGGGCUGGCAAAGAGAGGGGAUAGAGUGGAACAUAUGUCCUAAUGCUGCAUUGAUCCUCACCCCUUUCCCCCCCAGACCUAUCUGUUCAGCACUGCCCCACUCAAAUCCACAGAUGGGUAGGGGAUGCCUUAACGGAAGAAUCCCCCUGUGUGUAUGUAAGUGAAUGGAUGUGUUCACACGUGACUGUAGAUCUCUGUGUGUGCCAAUACCUGUCUCUUUCACUCUGUGGAAGGUUAUGGAAUUCUAAGGGGCUAGAUAUCUCCUUUUGCGAUUGUUCAUCUCUUUCUGUGGCCAGAUGUAUGUGUUUGAUUAUUUCUAGGUAGUGAUUGUGUCUGGGUAUGUCUCUGUGGCUAGGCAUUUCUGUGUGGCUGAAUGUUUGUGCUCAGCCAUAAAUGAGGGGCUAGAUAUCCAUGUUGUGUCAGCGCAUGGGGUAGAAUGUGUGUCUGCAUAUUUAUAAGUGUAUGCCUAAAAGGAUUGGUUGUUCGGAGGGUGCAGUGGUUCUGGGUAUCUAUGGAUGUGAAUAUGCAGGCAACUAAGUAUUUGCUUGUGUGUGGGAGGAAGGUAUCUAGCUACUGUGGCAGGGGAAUGUUUGUUGCUGUGUAUCUGGGUGUCUGUGAAUGUCUUUGUGGCGAGGUGUCUCUAUGCGUGUGUGACAGGGUUUGCUUGUGGUCCAGCAUCUUUGCAUCUGUUAUUCUCUGUGGUUAUGUACGUAUGUAUAUAUGUGCGUGAGAAAGAAAGAAUCUAGCUGGGUAGCUCUGAGUCUCUGUACAGUUGGGUAUCAUAGUAUUUUCCUGUAGCAAGAUCUGUGUAUAUGAAUGUGUGUGUGUUUGAAUGUCCUUGUCUUUGUCCAGUGCUUAUGUAUAUGUAGCUUUCUCUAUGUAUGUGUGUUGUCAUAUAUAUGCAUGUAUCCAUAAGUGGCUGCAUCAGCCAAUGAACAAGCAUUUAUCAAACCUUUAAUAAAUACCAGGCUAAGAACUAAGCAUACAAAAGAAAGCAAACAGAAUCCUUUCGAGGAGUUCCCAUUCUUUCUUUUCCUUAGUUUUGUACUUUUUUUUCAAUUAACAAACAUUUAUUUUUCUCUCCUACUUCCCCCAAUCCUCAGUGAUCACCAACCCUUAUAACAAGAAGAGAAAAAAAGCCUUAUGACAAGUAAUGUAUAGUCAAGCAAAGCCAAUUCUUUCAUUGAUUAUGGCCAAAGAUGUAUGUCUCAUUCUGCAUCUUGAGUCCAUCUCUUCUGCCAAGAGGUAGGUGGCGUGCUUCAUCUUUUGGUCCUCUGGAAUUGCAUUGAUCAAUACUAAAGUCUUUCAAAUGGUAUUUUAAAAAUGACUGCCCUAGUUCUGCUCAUUUCACUUUGCAUCUUCUUAUGCAGGUCUUCCCAGUUUACUUUGAAACUGUCCAUUUCUUCAUUUCUUGCGGCACAAUAAUAGCCCAUUAUGUCCACGUGCCAUAAUUUAUUUAGACAUUCCCCAAUAGGUGGGCACCUCCUUAGUUUCCAGUUUUUUUUCUACUGGGGAAAGAGCUGCUGUGUUUAUUUGUGUAUAUAUGAGUCCUUUUCUUCUUUUUUAAAUCUCUCUGGAAUAUAUGCCUAAUCGUGGUAUAACUGGGUCAAAGGAUAUGACUUUUUGAGCAUCAUCCCAAAUUGCUUUCCAGGAUGCCUGGACCAAUUUAUGGCUCUACUUGUAACACAUUAGUGUCUCUGUUUCCCUGCAGCUCCUCCAACAUUUGUCAUUUUCCAUUUUUGUCAUCUUUGUCAAUCCAGUGGGGAUGACACGGAACUGGGGAGUUGCUUUAAUUUUCAUCUCUCAAUUCUUAAUGACUUGGAGCAUUUUUCAUACGGUCAUUGAUAGCUUGGAUAAAAUGAGGUAAUAUUUUUAUUGUAUUUAGCACAAUAGCUGGCACAUGGGCAGUAUAGAAUUGUUAGCCAUUAUUAUUAUUCCGUUGAAUGUCUGCCCAUAUCAUUUGCCUGCUUAUCUAGUGGAGAAUGGCUCUUGUUUUUAUAACUUUGAAUAAUUAAGGAGCUUAUACACUAGUAAGGGAGACAGAAUGAAAAUAAUUAGGUAAACCUAAGAAAUAUACAUGGCAUAAUAAUAGCCGCUGAUGGAAGGCAAUCUCAGAGGAGAAACUACUAGCAGUUGGUGGGAAAAUGUUGCCCCAAAAAGGUCAGAUUUGAGGGAAGGGAAUAAACAUUUAUGUAACAUCUACUUUAUGCCAGGCACUGUGCUUUGCAAAUAUUAUCCCAUUUGCAAAUAUCCUCCUAAUAAUUCUUCGGGAUAGUUGCUGUUAUUACCUUCAUUUUACAGUUGAGGAAACUGAAGUUACAUGACUUGCCAAAGGUCACACUGCUUCUGUCUCCUAGAUUUUGAUUUUGGAUUUGAACUCAGAUUCUCCUGAUUCCAAGCCCAGCACUCUCAAUCUACUAUACCAUCUCAUUGCCUGAGUUGAGACUCCAAGGAAACAAAGUGGUGUUGAGAAAGGAGAGCAUUCCAGUUAUGGGGGGGGGGGGGUCAGUGAAUAAACAGAAAAGUGAAAGUCCUGUAAGUAAAGAACAAUAAAUAAAUCAACAUGACUGGAUCUGUGAAUAUUUAGAGGGAUGCAAAAUAUUAAAAAAAAAAGGGGCAGCUUAGGUGGUAAAGAGUGCAGGGCCUGGAGUCAAGAGGACCUGAGUUCAAAUCUAGCCUCUGACACUUCUUCACCAUGGGACCUUGGGCAAUUCAUUUCACCUUGUUAAUGUCCAUUUCCUCACCUGUAAAAUGAGCUGAAGAAGGAAAUGGAAAAACACUCCUGUGUCUUUGCCAAGAAAACCCCAAAUGGGGUCACAUAAAGUCAUAUGUGACUGAAAAAUGACUAAACAACAAAGUAUAAAAAGACCUUAAAGGUAGGAAUGACCCUGCUUGUAAAGAGUUUUCAGUGUCAAAAAAGAGGACUUUUUAUCUGAUCCUGGAGGUGUCUGCCUCUCUCUGUAUCUGGUGUGUCUACAUGGAUUAUUUGUACAAGACUUAAUACCUCUGGGUGCCUGUAUAAUUAGGUGUGUGAGUAUCAAUGACUAAGAAUGUGUUUCAUAUCUGUCUUUCUGUAUGGCUACACCUUUCCGUGUGUGUGUGUGUGUGUGUGUGUGUGUGUGUGUGUGUGUGUAAAUGUCUCUGGGUGAUUGUAUGCCCCCUACAUUUUUGGAAUAAGCACAAUCUCUCCAUGAUGCUCUCCUUCAAUAACCACGGAUCCCAAAAGAGAAAGAAUUUUCCUUUGGGAAGAGUCUAAUUGGGUCUGUGUUUGGAAGUGGGGAGAUUAAUGGGGAAAAGGGAGGGAAGGGAUUCUUGGGCUAUGUUGUAGCUCUGGUUUCAAAUAAAUUGCCCUUUUAGA